ACAUGUUGUCGUGUUCAAGUACAAAGGUGUUUUUCUGUGCCAUCUCAGCUCUGCUUGUGUAACAGUGACUCAGCUCUGCAGACCUGGCUUGCAGCCUGUAAGGGCAUUUUCACCACAAAAGCAGCUGCAUGUUUGUGUUUUAAAGAGAAUUAGGAACUGUGGAUGCUUUUCCUCUAACAAGCAGGGAACUCGAAGUGUAACCAGCGAAUGCCACACUUAGAAGAACUGAGGUGCUUCUUUGCUGUUCUGCUGACAAACCUCACCCCAGAAGCCACAAGCUCAGCCGGCUCAGACACAGCAGAGGGAGCACAAACAAAGAGAGUCCUUCUCUGCAGUGCAGCUUGGAUCGGAUCCAAGAGGACUCACAGGCAGGAGGCAGACUGAAAAGAUGCAGACAAAGUCUGCAUUCGAUGUCAGCACGUUCCUGCCUGUGCUGCCUUCAUUUCCCUGAAGAAUGAAUUUUUCAGGAGCCAUUAUUAACAAGGUUUAGGUAAUGCCCGCUGGAUGUCACUGUUUCUCCACAAGUGUUAUCCUGUAACAUCGCCAUGGAUUUCGUUGCUAUUUCAUUGUCAGAGGAGUGUUCCUUCAGGCUGUAAUCCUGCAGAAAGUGAUACAUCAAAUAGAAAGAUACUUCCAUUUAAGCUGUGUGGCCUUCCUGAGGUUUGAAUGAAGUGCUGGACUGCCUGUUCUGGAGAAAAUGUUAAUGAUCCACCUCUGUGUGCUGUUAUUGUGAGCUUCCCUCCUUCUGUGAAGAUGACUUGGAGCUGCUACUGCUUAGAGUGACUGCAGAUCAAUGCUGUAAUUAAAUUACAGACACAUGCAGCCUGGAUGUGCUCAUGGACCACCACCAACCAGGAGUUCACCACCGUGCCGUGAGCAGCGCUAACGUGAGCGGGGUCUUCUCUGCAGAAGGGCAGGACUUUCACCCAUGGAUGUAAAUAACGUGGGGUCUGCCUUCAUGCUUCUUAAUGCUUGUUGGUAUUUGUCUUGGUUCCUACUGAGAGAUUAUUUACCCUCUGAAGGAUACGUUGGGACUCCUUGUCAGAUCAGUUCUUGGGUGGAGCUUGCAGCAACUUGGGGGACAUACAAAUUGGAUGUGUGUAUUACAGGGUCCUUUUUUUAUUAUUAUUUGGACCGCUUUGCCCUUUUAAACCAGACAGUCUGUCUGUACAAGACAGACAAUAAAUAACUCUCUGAAGCGCUGUGGAGAAAUGGAAACUGCAGCUGAGAAAUGAUUUUGGGGAAAGGAAGAGAAAAAAGCACAAGCAAACUUGUGGAAGUGCAAAUAGUCCUCUAAAGGAUCAGCUAAUGUGCCAGCUAUGGACUCUGGCUGUAGUCCCAGCAAGGGAGAUUUCUCUCCAGAGAAAACCUGUUAACCAUUUGGAGGGAGUACAUGUGAAAAAGACGGAGUCAUUAACAAAAGAUCUGCUUCAGGUUUAGUCUCCCAGCAGGGAACGUUCUUGGUGAUCUGCAAGACCAUUUCUACUAGAAAUGGAUAACUUCACUAAUGGGCAGCCAGGCCCGGGUCAGAGGAACAGGUUGAUAGGGUUGCUAGAAACAGAUGACAGUAUCCCAGAAGAUAAACCUGCAUCUAGUAAAAAGGAAGAAAGACCAGGACUUGGCAAGAAAGGAGAACCACGGCCCUUGGAGACACCUUACCAGAAGGAGAGCAGUAACUUUCCUCCCAGAGUCAAGAUUAAUCUGAACUAUCGGCCAGGACUUGUCAGCAACCAAAAGGACCCCAACCGCUUUGACCGGGACCGGCUCUUCAGCGCGGUCUCCAGGGGCAGCCCCGAGGCACUGGAUGGCUUACUCGAGUACUUGAGGAGGACCUCCAAGUUUCUCACCAAUUCUGAAUACACAGAUGCAAAGACUGGGAAGACCUGCUUAAUGAAAGCCCUGAUGAACUUAAAAAAUGGAAAGAAUGACACAAUCCCACUUUUGCUGGAAAUAGAUCAAAAGACACAGAAUCCCAGGCCACUUGUCAAUGUGAUGUGCUCUGACUCCUUCUACAGAGGCCAGACAGCACUCCAUAUUGCCAUAGAGAAAAGGAGCCUGGAUUUAGUGAAACUUCUAGUAGAGAAUGGAGCUGAUGUCCAUGCCAGAGCCCAUGGUGAAUUCUUCAGGAAGAAGAAAGAAGGAAUUUACUUUUAUUUUGGUGAACUUCCCCUCUCCUUGGCUGCUUGUACCAACCAGCUUGACAUGGUGGAAUAUCUUCUAAAUAAUCCCCACCAGAAAGCCAGGCUCCAGGAGCAGGAUACACAGGGCAACACUGUCCUCCAUGCCCUGGUGAUGAUUGCAGAUGACACUGAGGAGAACACCAAGUUUGUGAGCACAACAUAUGUUGAGCUCUUGAAGGCAGGUGUGAAGCUUGACCCAACACUGAAACUGGAGGAGAUAGCAAAUUAUGAUGGAUUAAAUCCUCUGCAGCUUGCUGCCAAGACAGGCAAAGUGGAGAUCUUCAGGCACAUCAUCCAGAGAGAGAUCAAAGACCCAGUGUACAGACACUUGUCACGCAAGUUCACGGAAUGGACCUAUGGACCCAUCCAUGUGUCUCUCUAUGACUUGUCCUCUUUAGACAGCUUUGAGGAGAACUCGGUGCUGGAGAUCCUGGCUUACAGCAGUGACACACCAAAGCGAUACAAGAUGAUGGUUUUGGAGCCCUUGAACAAACUGCUUCAGCAAAAAUGGGAAACAUUUGCUUCUAAGAGGUUCUACUUCAGUUUUGUCUCAUACUUGUCGUUCAUGAUCAUCUUUACAGCCAUUGCAUAUUAUCAACCCUUACGAGUCAAGCCUUCAUUUCCAGUGGAGUUCACAGCUGGAGGCUUCCUGUGGGUCUCUGGACUGAUCAUUAUCCUGAUGGGAGGCAUUUACCUCAUUUUUACUCAGAGCCUGUACUUGCGGAGGAGACGCCAGUCCCUGAAGACCAUGUGUUCUGACAGCUGCACUGAGAUCUUGAUCUUCAUCCAGGCUUUCUUACUGCUGCUGUCUGCAGUCCUCUAUGGUGCCAGUUCAGAGAACUAUGUGAUAGUGAUGGUGUUCUCCCUGCUGUUGGGAUGGGUGAACAUGCUCUAUUACACUCGGGGCUUCCAACGCACUGGGAUCUACAGUGUCAUGAUACAGAAGACUAUCCUGAAAGACCUGCUGCGUUUCCUCUUGGUUUAUAUGAUUUUCCUCUUUGGCUUUGCUGCAGCUCUGGUUACCCUGAUGGGGGAUGCUCCUCCUGUCUCUCACAACAAGUCCCUUGCUCAGCUGGAGGGCGCCGGGAGCCACGCCAUGUACGGGGGGCUGCUCAGCGUCUCCCUGGAGCUCUUCAAGAUGACCAUUGGGAUGGGUGACCUGGAUUUCCAGGAACAUGCCAGGUUCAGAUACUUCGUCAUGCUCCUGCUGCUUCUCUUCGUGAUCCUCACCUACAUCCUUUUGCUCAACAUGCUGAUUGCUCUGAUGAGUGAAACCGUCUCGGAUAUUUCUGAGGACAGCACCAGUGUCUGGAAGCUGCAGAGGGCUAUUGCUAUUCUAGAGAUAGAGAAGGCCUGGCUGUGGCGCCAAGGUGGGAAGAGGAGAUCUGGCUGCUUCAUGUCAGUGGGCCUCAAUAAGAAAGAUGAGAGAUGGUGUUUCAGAGUAGAGGAAAUUAAAUGGACAGAUUGGGCAAAGGAUGUGGGAGUUCUUAAGGAAGAACCUGGAAACACCAGUGAUUCAGAAAUAAAUCCAGAAGAGACACGAUCAUGGAAACGGACACCACAGAAGCAACUGAGAUCAACUGUUGCAGAGGAGCAGUCACUGUUGCAGCCCCAGCAAUCAGCAACUGAGAUGGUGCCUCUAGAGGGACAAACCAGAAAUCUUUAGCAGGUUUUUCUGGAUUGGAACUUUGCUUCCAACUUCAAAGGAGUAGCUUUUCCUAUAAUGGCUUGAAGAAUUGAAGGCAUUAUCAGUAUUAAAGUGCAUUUCAUUGAAGACUGUGGGUCAGCCUGUGGCUAUAAGUAUUUUCAUGCACUUUAAUAAUUAAUUUCCUCUGAAGAUAAUAUUUUUACUCAACUUUCUCUGCCUGACACUUUCUUAUUGCUAUGUCUAAAGGUUCAAGAGCAAGACCUUAGGGGCAGUGGGGAGUGGUCUUUGGGAAGGCAGUGCUUUCUGAGCUGUAUGCAAAUAAUGCUGUUUGCCAUAGAGAAGUAAAGGAUGGUGUGGCCUAUCUAAGAAUGAGUCUUCUGCUGUUCUUCCAUCACAAGGGACUGCUCUGGAGUGCUUUGGAAUAAAGAGUGUUGUAGAGGUGUAAAAAGUUGUAAGGAUGGAGUUGGCUUCUGUGCACAUCACUGUUGGUGUGAGACAUGAGUGGACAAAUGCUCAGUCCUGUCAGCAAGAGCCUUCCUGAGCCCACAUGUCAGUGCCUGCAGUGCUUGAUGUUCAGCCCACAUCCAGAUCCUCAUUUUAUAGUAUUAUCAUGAAAUGGUUUGCUCUGUGUCUGUAUUUGAGGAAGAGCACAAAAGUGAUGUGGAUUUUCUAGACCUGGAACUUCACAUGGUGAAUUUCUGGAACAGCUGGCUUUCACUGGUUGCUUUGCCUCUGUAGAAAACAGCAGCAGAAUCCUGCUUGUGGCUUCUGAGGGACAGAUGAGCCAAAAUGCAUCAUGGGGUUGAUGUUUCCUGUCAGUCUUGCUGGGCAUCCUGUCUUGCUGUACAUGAUUACAGGGACCUAGUUGCUCUUUGCAAUGUGCACACUGCCUCAGGCAGGGUGGGGAACAUACUUUAAACUCUGUGGAAAAGAGAUAAAAAUUAGUUCUCUCACUUUCAGCCUAUAUUUAAAAAAGAAUCACAAGCAUUUUUAUAAACUAUCAAUAUAGCAAGUUUACUUUAUUGAGAAUGUUCAUCCUUUGAUGCAUUUUCUGAGCUUCAGACUCUCUCAAAAAGAAAGAAGAUGUGAUCAGUGGGGCCUAGAAGGCUUUAUCAAAUUCUUGGUUACAUCCUCCCAGCACUGUGCUGACCUCACUGCCAUGCACAUGAGCUCUUGUUUUUCAUGAGCUCUUGUUCUUCAUGACCUUGUGUUGGCUUGUGCAGCCACAGCUGAAGUGUAACAGCUGGUGUUGCAUUUAAUGCAUCUUUCCUAGGGGGUGAUAACCCUGUGAUAACCCCAGUGAUAUCCCUGAAAAAGCUGCAGGCUACAAAUGUUGGCAGCACCUUUCAUUCAGGAAGAUAAACUAUGCAACCCAAGAUCUCCUGUUUCUCUUUUUCCCUCCCAGCAAGGGAAGCUAGGAGGUUUGUCCUUUGGAGACAACCUUCUUAAUCCUGUUGCUUACUGCAUGCAUGGGACUGGCAGCAAAACUUUGAUUUUAGAACUUGUUCCCUGUCACUUCAGAUGGGUUCUUCCCCUGUGCAGGGUAAUUCCCUCUGCAGCUUCUCUGCAUUAAAUCUCUGAAUUGUAACUGACUUUUCUCACUCCAGCUCCAACUGUUUUCUUGCUUUGUGAAGCCUUCAGCUGCUUUUUCCUUCUAUGGCUUUGUCCUAAGUGUUCCCAAGAUUUGGCAAGGUGCUCAUAUUGCACGAAAGGAUCAUCUGGCAUAUGAUAAUCUAUUGCUGGCUUGGUGCUUUGCUGUGGCAGGGGAACUCUGAGGUUCUCAAGAAAUGCAAAAUCUGAUCUACCAUACCUGCCUGGAGUCUGAAUGAACAAUAAGAGAGAAAUCUUGCUCAUUGUUAGUGUUUUGGUAGCUGUGGGCUGUGACAACUUGCUUUGAGGUUAACCUGCCUCUUCAACCAUUCCUUGAACCUGCUUCUCUUUAAAUCCCUUUCUUAGGCUUGCACUGUUCCUUUAUCUUUUAUUCUGCAUAAAAAACCCCCACGUUAUUAAACAUCUCAUGUCCAUGGUGAAACAGGGCCUUGACAUUCCUGGUGCCUCCCAGUCAUGUCACAGCCCACCAGUCUCAGCCCCCUCAGGCUGAGGGACAGCAGACAGGGACAGGCAGAUGCAGCAAACAUUUUGGGGCAGAAUCUAGUUGGAGGCCUGUGACUAGUGGAGUCCCUCAGGGGUCGGUACUGGGACCGGUGUUGUUCAACAUCUUCAUCAACG